GGAACUGAAACUGAAGGCGGGGCUCGAUGUGCGCCGCCGCCGCUGCGCGAGCUGACGGGUCCAGAGUGAAAAGGACAGAGGACUAAGCACAUGGACUGGAAAUUGGAAGGGAGUCCUCAGAAAACGGAGUCACACGUGCUGCAGGAGCGAGAAGUCCUCCGAGAGGACACGGGCGAAUAUGGCAUGUCUGAAAGCUUCCAGCUUCUACAGAUUGACGUGGAAUGCGAGCGUCAGGAAGGAGAGACCCUGCCCACAGGCGGUGCAGUGUCGUGCUCGAAAAAUGUCCAAAGAAAACAGAGACACUGGGAAAAGAUAGUUGCAGCAAAGAAGAGCAAGAGAAAGCAAGAAAAGGAAAGAAGAAAAGCCAACCGUGUAGAAAAUUUAGGCAUCUGCCCCCAGCACAGCAAACGUUUCCUGAGAUCCUUAACCAAGGAGAGACUUUUGGAAGCCAAACACUCAGGACCAAGACUCUGUAUUGAUUUGAGUAUGAGCCACCACAUGUCUAAGAAGGAAUUAAGUAGACUGGCUGGACAGAUCCGAAGGUUGUACGGUUCCAAUAAAAAGGCCACCAGGCCGUUCUGGAUCUGCCUCACUGGGUUUGCAACAGACGGUCCCCUGUAUGAAGAGUGUUUGAGGAUGAAUGAUGGAUUUUCUAGUUACCUGCUAGACAUAACAGAAGAAGACUGCUUUACUUUAUUUCCUCUGGAAACCCUUGUGUACCUGACUCCUGACUCAGAACACGCUCUUGAAGAUGUUGAUCUGAACAAAGUUUACAUCCUUGGUGGACUUGUAGACGAAAGCGUUCAGAAGAAGGUGACAUUUCAAAAGGCCCGAGAACACUCUGUCAAGACAGCCCGCUUGCCAAUCCAGGAAUACAUGGUCAGAUGCCAGAAUGGGAAAAACUAUCAUUCAGAGAUAUUGGCCAUCAAUCAAGUAUUUGAUAUCCUAUCCACUUACUCUGAGACUCAAAGUUGGCCUGAAGCAUUGAAGAAAGGCGUUUCUUCUAGAAAAGGCUAUGUUCUUCAGAACGCAGUGGAAUGACGGGCAGCCUCAGACUGCAGCUGCAAGAGGCGAAGUUGCUGGGGGGCCUUGACCAAAGAGCAAAGCAGCAGAUGGCAAUGGCGCACACUUGCCUUUACUCGACAUCUUGGAUCUUCACUAGGAUAUAAGUUACUAAUAACAGGGACCACAUUUUAUGCUCUUUUGUAUCUCCAUAGUGCCUGGCUCACAGGAAGUGCCCAGAUACAUGUUAACUAAGUAAAAAGUUUACAUAACAAGGAAUUAGCCCUAAAACUACAUGGCUUUGGAUGUAAAGCUAUGUAGGUCUAUUUGUGCAAACCUACUCUUUAGAGAUAAUUAUUGUUAUAUCAAGUGUAAUUUUCACUAAACUGGGAUCAUAAAGUUGUAUGACUUUC